CAUUCAAACAACGCUUCAUUAUCGACUGCCCCCCCCGGCAAUUCGUGGGAAGGAAUUGCAUUCAUUACAAAUCAAAGAUGGACGGAAACCUAGUCGUAAAUGAAAGCUUGAAUUUGGCUUUGAAUGCCCUCCAAUCCACCUCUAAAGGUAAUCUUAAGUAUGACGGCAAUUGGAGAAUAAAUGAAAACACGAGUAGCAAUCUUUCUUGUUCAUUUGAAUCCUACCUGAAUGACUCUUUUGACAAUCUGACUUGGAAAUUAAAUUCAUUGAAUUUGGAAAAUAAUGGAGGCAAAGAUGGCUCGGACAACGCAUCUGAAAUAAAUACCAAGAAUGAAUUAAAUCAGUCAUCAACGGUCGAGAGCAUGCCCAUAAAUCACAAUGCUGUUUACGAUUUAGGCAUAAAACUUUACGAAAACCAGUGUCGCCAAAGUGUGGAAAACGCACUGCUGAGAAAGCUCAUGUUCUUCAAAGAAGAACGGAGUAUUUAAAACGGGAAACGGAAACUGAGUUAAAGUUAACUGAAGACCGUAUGGCAAAGGAGAGGAUACAUCACUUUGAAGAAAUUAAGGAAAGAAAGAUGCGUAAUGUAGAAGAAAUGCGAAAAUAUAGGAUGGAGCUGGAUGAACAAGUUGCUACUCAUGGACGAAGAUUGAAUGAAAUGCUGACAAGAUCCUUAAAACAAGAAACUCAAAUUGCUGAAGAGGAGGAAAAGAGAGCCUUGAUCAUGCAGCAGGAAGAUUUAAAAUUAUUCUAUAAUAAAGUCCUAAAAGCAUUGCAAACAUCAAAGAAAAAUUUUCCAAUGUCAAAUACUUAUCAUUCAUUGAUGCAGAAGAUUAUGAAGAGAUUUCAAACAUUUUGGAUGGUAUUUUAGCUAAAUCUAAGGAAACAUACAGCAGAGGAAAUGUUAGCAACGAUAUUUCUGAUGUAAAUGAACUUAUUGAGGUUAUGCAACAAUUGAUAAAAGCCAUUAUGCCAGUCGAUGAAAAGGUUGAUCAGGUCCUCAGCAAGGCACAAAAGAAGGGAAUUGAUGCACAGAGAGAAGAGGAACUUCGGAGGGUGGAGAAGGUAAGAAUUGAACAACAACAGCAAGAGCUUGAGAAGAAGGAAAUUGAAAGACUUGAAGUUCAAAGAAACUUAGAAAAACAAGAAAGCGAAACAAAAAGCUCAGAGAUGAACCAUGCUGAAAAUAAGAAACAUGUCCCUAAAACAGUUGAUAAGUUUUCUCAAUACAUAUCAGAAAAGGCGUUGAUUGAAUACACCCAACUACAAGAUCACUUGAAUUCAGUCCAAGCUUCAUUUAAGGAGUUUAUCAUUGACCCAAAGAAUACCAAAUAUAAAUUUGACAUUCAGAAAGCAGUUAACAACCCAAUAAAUGCCCUUUCAGCUCAUUCACCACAGCAACUGAAUGAUAAAAUUCGAAGACUUGUUGAAUUGUUAAAAGGAAAUAAUGUGGAAGUUGGUGGAAAACAUGUUAAUUGUAAAGGUCAUCCUUGUGCAAUGGCAUUUUGUCAAGAUUUGGUGGCCAAGAAAUUGGUUAUGCAAGGUGCACAACAGGUUUCAUCAAACCCAGAAUCAGCUUUUCUUUAUUCCGCAGUUAUUGUUGGCAUAUGGUCAAUAUUCCCUGAUGUUGGCAAACUCAUCCUAGCUCAUUUUUAUCGUAGCUAUCCUUACCUUGUUCCUUACUACAUGCCACAAGUUGAAGGCCAAACCAAUCAGGAUUAUUACAAAGCUUUAGGUUAUUCUGUAAAUAAUAAUCAAGUAGAAGAUGAGAAUCAUUUUCUAAAAAAGUUUUCUGGAACUGUGCAGCUUUAUGCUGCUGUUGUAUCUUCAAAAGGGGCCACUCUACCAGAUCAUCCACAUGGCAUUGAACAUGGCUGGACAUGGAUGGCUCGCACUGUAAACCUUAAACCUCACCCAAAUAUUACAGCUACAAUGCUUUUUGAAUUCAUCAAAGUAUGUGGUCAUCUCAUGAUGCAACAAUAUAGAAAGCAAUUUCAGAAACUACUUUUGUUGCUUUGUAAAGAAUAUCUACCUGCAAUUGAGAAUGUGACUCCAAUAGAGAAACGAGGACCUACUCAGAGGUUCAAGGAUUUUUUACAAGAAUGCAUUAAGAUGCAAAGAAUUGCCUUACCAAAAGGCUAUCUUACAGAAAGAUGGUGGCAAACUGGACACUUUUAGAGAUAAAGGAAUGCUACAAAAACCUUACAUGACCAACCUAAUUGUAAAUGAAUAUUUUAAAAUUAAAAGUUUGUACAUGAAA